ACCUGAGACAGACACCCACCCACUCCACCGACUGUACCGCUAACCAGUAUGAUUAAUUUGAGGUAAUGCGCCACCUUGACGGCAUUUAAUCACAGCGAGGAGACGGGGAACGCACUUCUUCUUUAUCUGUCCUCGCUCCCACCCCGCCUUCUCCCCUCGCCCCUCUGCCUCGCGUCUCUCCCGGCGUCUCCAGUGCGUCUGUUCGCCGCGUAGAGCGACGGUGAGUGCAUGUGUCGGCGAGCCGGGGGAGCGCUGCACUGCUCUGGCGCACUGGUUCCGCUGGACGUCACCGAAUAACGGCGCUCGACGACCGGGUGGUGGUGGAGGGGGAGACUGGACCCGGACCCGGACCCGGAGCAGGCGAAGGCGAAGGCGACGGAGAAGCAGCGCGGCUCUUUCCAGCCCGCGCUCCGAAACCAUGUCCGAGUUUUUCCUACUCGCCCUUCUCGCCCUGUUCUCGGGAUUAUUUCCGUGCGCCGAGCCCUCGAGAGUGUCGGACGGGGAGCAAGACGCCGGCGCGUGCGACGCGGGGGAGUUCGAGUGUGGCGGCCGCGGCGCCUGCGUCCCCGAGGCCUGGCUCUGCGACGGCGAGCCGGACUGUCCCGACGACUCCGACGAGAGCCAGCAGACGUGUGCGCAGGAGGUGGUGAUCAGGUGUCCCCUCAAUCACAUCCAGUGCAUCGGGACCAAGAAGUGCAUCCACUUCAACAAACUCUGCAACGGCGCCAGAGACUGUGACGACGGCUACGACGAAGGCGUGCACUGUCGAGAGCUCCUGUCAGCCUGCCACGAGCUUCGGUGCCGCUAUGGGUGCGUCAUGACGAGAAACGGCACCUUCUGCUUCUGCGCCGACGGCUUUGAGGUCGGGGAGGACGGGACGAGCUGCAGAGAUCAUGAUGAAUGCGCCAUGUACGGCGCAUGCAGCCAAACCUGCGCCAACACCUACGGGUCAUUCAGAUGCAGCUGCACGGAGGGAUACGUCCUACAGCCCGACAGGAAAUCCUGCAAAGCCAAACAAGAUCCCGGUGACAGCCGCCCGAUGCUUCUCGUCGGGGGCUCCGAUCGGAUUGUCAUCACCCAUCUAAAUGGAACAGGGCUCAAACCCCUGAGGUCUCUGAGUGUAAAUGGAACGCUGGCGUUGGAUUUCCAGCACAACAAGGAGAGCGUGUGCUGGGUCCUGUCCACAGAGUCCUCUGGGCAACUCCGCUGUGCCGAAAGCAGGAACCUGCGUGGAUUCACGCAGGAACGGGAAAUAAGAACAAAGCAAAGUUUACAACAUGUGGAGCAGAUGGCCAUCGACUGGCUGACUGGAAAUAUGUACUUCGUCGACCGAGUCGCCGACAAGAUAUUUGUCUGUGACCGCGGCGGAGACACGUGUGUUACGAUUCUCCAACUGGACCUCCUGAAUCCUAAAGGAAUCGCGCUGGACCCGCUCAUGGGGAUGCUCUUCUUCACCGACUACGGGAACGUGGCCAAGGUGGAGCGCUGCAACAUGGACGGCACCAACCGCACGCGGCUGGUGGACCGUAGAGUCGAGCAGCCCACCGCCGUGGCGCUGGACGUGGUCAAGAAGCUGGUGUACUGGGCCGACGCCUACCUGGAUUCCAUCGACGUGGCGGAUUAUCACGGCAAGAGGAGGCACACCGUCAUCCACGGGGGCCAAGUGUCUUACAUUUAUUCAUUAGCUGUGUUUGAGGACUACCUCUAUGCUACCCACUCUGAUCCUUCCAAAGGGAGUCCCUCCGUGGAGCUGCUGCAGAUCCACAGGUUCAACCUCACAGCAGAGAGCAGGACACUAGCCAGCCUGGGGAAUAGUAGAGGACUCCGUGUUUACCACAAGCUCAGUCAGCCACGAGUCAGGAGUCACGCAUGUGAGAAGGAUCCGUAUGGAAAGGCAGGUGGAUGCUCUCACAUUUGCCUUCUGAGCGGCAGCUACAAGUCAAGGACGUGCCGCUGUCGUACUGGCUACAACCUGGGCUCCGAUGGACAGGCCUGCAAAAAGCCUAAAAGCGAUCUCUUCCUCUUCUACGGCAAGGGCCGGCCCGGAGUCAUCCAAGGCCUGGACAUGAACAUCAAGUCCAGCGAUGAACACAUGGUGCCCAUCGAGGACCUGGUCAACCCCCGAGCCAUCGAUUACCACGCAGAGCUGGGCCACGUCUACUUCGCGGACACCACCAGCUUCCUCAUCGGCCGUCAGAAAAUAGAUGGGAGCAGCCGAGAGACCAUACUGAAGGACGAGCUGGACAACGUCGAAGGGAUCUCCGUGGACUGGAUCGGAAACAAUUUGUACUGGACCAACGACGGCUACAGGAAGACGAUCAGCGUGGCCAGAUUGGACAGAGCCUCGCAGACCAGGAAGACCCUCCUGGAAGGCAACAUGUCCCACCCCAGAGCCAUCGUCGUGGACCCCCUGAACAGCUGGAUGUACUGGACAGACUGGGAGGAGGAUGAAGUCAACGACAGCAUAGGACGCAUAGAGAAAGCCUGGAUGGACGGGUCCAAUCGGCACAUUUUCGUCACGUCCAACAUGCUGUGGCCCAACGGUCUGACCCUGGACCACGGCACCGGCACCAUGUACUGGUGCGACGCCUACUACGAUCACAUCGAGAAGAUUCAGCUUAACGGAACCGGACGAAUGGUGGUGUACAACGGGAAGGAGCUGAACCACCCCUUCGGAAUCUCCCAUCACCGGAAUUUCAUCUUCUGGACGGAGUACAUGAACGCCUCGGUCUUCCAGCUGGACCUGUCCACCGGCGACGUCACCCUGCUGCGGAGCGAGCGGCCGCCGCUGUUCGGCCUGCGCGUCUACGACGCCCAGAGUCAGCAAGGCGACAACGCGUGCAGUGUAAAUUACGGCGGCUGCGGUACCCUGUGCCUCGCCGUCCCCGGGGGCCGAGUGUGUGCGUGCGCCGACAACCAGGUUCUGGAGUCCAACAACGUCACCUGCGCAGAAGGAGCCGGCGGCCGCUCGGAGCCGCCGCGGUGCAGGAGCGACGAGUUCCAGUGCCACAAUCAGCGCUGCAUUCGAGCCCUGUGGAAGUGCGACGGGGACGACGACUGUCUGGACGGAAGCGACGAGGAGAGCCACGGCUGCUCCAAUCACACGUGUCCCAGCGACCAGUUCAAGUGCAGCAACAAUCGCUGCAUUCCCAAAAGAUGGCUGUGCGACGGCAUGAGCGACUGUGGGGCCGGUGAGGAUGAGGCCAACUCCACCUGCGCAGCCCGGCCCUGUCCGUCGGACCAGUUCGCCUGUCGCAGUGGACGGUGCAUACCUCGAGCCUGGAGCUGCGACCAGGAGGACGACUGCGGGGACGCGUCCGAUGAGACGUCGUGCGCCUUCCCCACCUGUGAGCCCCUCACCCAGUUCAGCUGCUCCAACGGUCGAUGCGUCAGCGUGAAAUGGCGCUGUGAUUCAGAUGACGACUGCGGCGACGGCAGCGACGAGGCCGGCUGCGUCCCGUCCUGCUCCAACGCCCAGUUCCAGUGCACGAGCGGCCGCUGCAUCCCCGACCACUGGGCCUGCGAUGGGGACAACGACUGCGGGGACUUCAGCGACGAGAACACGUCCUGCAGAGGCGGAUCCGCACUGCUGCCGUCUGUGAUCGAGUGCAGCGAGGAGGAGUUCCACUGCGUCACCGACGGCACCUGCAUCCCCGAGCGCUGGAGGUGCGACGGCGACAAGGACUGCGAGGACGGCACCGACGAGAAGGACUGCGAGGGCACCAAGAGGAUGUGCGACCCCAAGGCCAAGUUCACCUGCAAAGACACCGGCAAGUGCAUCACCAAGAGCUGGGUGUGCGACGGCGACGUGGACUGCGAGGACCGCUCGGACGAAGAGUCGUGCGAGUCCGCCGUCUGCAAGCCGCCCAAGUACCCCUGUGCCAACGACACCUCCCUGUGCCUCACGCCCGAUAAGAUCUGCAACGGGAAGGUGGACUGUGCCGACCGCUCCGACGAAGGGCCCAUCUGCGAUUUGUGCCUUGUGGCCAGAGGCGGCUGCAGCCACCAGUGCACGGUGGCGCCGGGGAAGGGCGUCGUGUGCUCCUGUCCGCCCGGCCUCCACCUGGACUCCGGCAACAAGACGUGCGAGGUGGUGGACUACUGCAGCCGGCACCUGAAGUGCAGCCAGGUGUGUGAGCAGUACAAGACCACGGUGAAGUGCUCCUGUUAUCCGGGAUGGGUGCUGGAGCCCGACGGAGACAGCUGUCACAGCGCAGAUCCCUUCGAGGCCUUCAUCAUUUUCUCCAUCCGACACGAGAUACGGCGCAUAGACCUCCACAAGCGGGACUACAGCCUGCUGGUGCCGGGCCUGAGGAACACCAUCGCCCUGGACUUCCACUUCAACCGCAGCCUCCUCUACUGGACCGACGUGGUGGAGGAUAAGAUCUACCGGGGGCGGCUCUCCGAGUCCGGCGGGGUGAACGGAAUCGAGGUGGUGGUGCAGCACGGCCUGGCCACCCCCGAGGGCCUGGCCGUGGACUGGAUCACGGGGAAGCUGUACUGGAUCGACAGCAACCUGGACCAGAUCGAGGUGGCCCGGCUUAAUGGAGACAUGCGCACCACAUUGAUCGCCGGCGGCAUGGAGCAUCCGCGGGCCAUCGCUCUCGACCCGGGCCAGGGGAUCCUCUUCUGGACCGACUGGGACGCUACUUUCCCCAGAAUCGAGGCCGCGUCGAUGAGCGGCGGCGGCAGGCACAUUGUGUUUAAGGACAUGGAGAUCGGCGCCUGGCCUAAUGGACUGACUCUGGAUCACCUGGAAAAGAGGAUCGUCUGGACAGAUGCACGUUCCGACGCCAUUUUCUCCGCGCUCUACGACGGCAGCGGGGUCGUUGAGAUCCUCCGGGGCCACGAGUACCUGUCCCAUCCCUUCGCCGUGUCCCUCUUCGGAGGCAACGUUUACUGGACCGACUGGCGGACGAACACUUUAGCCAGAGCCAAUAAGUGGACCGGGCAAAAUGUCACCGUCAUCCAGAAGACGAGUGCUCAACCUUUUGACUUGCAGAUCUUCCACCCCAGCAGGCAGCCACAAGCCUCUAACCCGUGCGAAGCGAAUGACGGACGGGGGCCCUGUUCGCAUCUGUGUCUCAUCAAUUACAACCGCACGGCGUCGUGCACCUGUCCGCACCUGAUGAAGCUUUCGGCGAACAAGCAGUCCUGCUUUGCGCUGAAGAGGUUCCUCCUGUACGUGCGGCGCUCCGAAAUCCGCGGCGUGGACAUCGAGAAUCCGUACAUGAACGUCAUGACGGCGCUGACGGUCCCGGACAUCGAUGACGUCACCGUGGUGGACUAUGACGCCCAGGAGGAGAGGAUCUACUGGGCCGACGUCAAAACACAAACCCUCAAAAGGGCUUUUAUCAACGGCACCCAGCUGGAAACCAUCAUCUCUGCAGACAUAGUGAACUGCCGCAGUCUGGCUUUAGACUGGAUUUCCAGGAACUUAUACUGGCUCAGCUCUGAAAAUGACGAGUCGCAAAUCAAUGUCGCCCGCUUUGAUGGGUCCCUGAAGACCUCUAUCAUCCACGGUAUUGAUAAGCCAAGGUGCCUUGUAGUGCAUCCCGCCAAGGGGAAAAUCUAUUGGACAGAUGGCAACACCAUUAACAUGGCCAACAUGGACGGCAGCAACAGCAAGGUCCUCCAUCAGAAUCAGCGGGAUCCUGUAGGUCUCUCGAUAGACUACGCGGCCAACAAGCUGUACUGGAUAAGCGCGGCCAAUGGCACUAUCAACAGGUGCAAUCUGGACGGCGCGGGCCUGGAGGUGCUGGAGGCGCUGAGGCGGCAGCUAGCCAGAGGCACAGCCCUGGCCGUGAUGGGCGGGAAGCUCUGGUGGGCGGACGAGGAGUCGGCGCAGCUGGGCACGGUCACCAAGCGGGACGGGCGCAACGCUUUGAUACUGAGGAACAAGACGAGCGGGGUGGUUCACAUGAAGGUGUACGACAGGGAGGGCCAGAAAGGAAGAAACCCGUGCCAAAUAAACAAUGGAGGAUGCUCCCAGCUGUGCUUCCCCACUUCUGAGAACACGCGGAGCUGCUCCUGCACCAUUGGCUACAACCUGCGCAGCGAUCGCAUGUCCUGUGAAGGUGUUGACUCAUUUCUGAUGUAUUCCAUCCAUGAGGGGAUCCGGGGAAUUGCCCUUGAGCCAAACGACAACAGUGAAGCCCUCAUGCCCAUCACAGGGACUUUGUUUGCCGUUGGAGUCGACUUCCACGCAGGGAACGACACUGUUUACUGGACGGAUAUGGGCCUGAACAGGAUAUCUCGUGCCAGACGCGAUCAGACCUGGAGGGAGGACAUCAUCACCACUGGCAUCAGCCGGGUGGAAGGCAUCGCCGUGGACUGGAUUGCUGGAAACCUGUAUUGGACAGACCACGGGUUUAAUCUAAUAGAAAUCUCCCGUCUGAACGGCGCGUACCGCUCGGUGGUCAUAUCUGAAGGACUCGAUCAGCCCAGGGCCAUCGCCGUGCAUCCACAGAAGGGGUUUCUCUUCUGGACUGAGUGGGGCCAGAACCCUUGCAUCGGCCGCUCGCGCCUCGACGGUUCAGACCAAGUCACUCUGGUGAACUCCGGCAUCGUGUGGCCCAAUGGAAUCUCCAUAGACUACGAGGAAAAUGUGCUUUACUGGUGCGACGCUCGCACGGAUAAGAUCGAGAGGAUCAACCUUGAGACGGGCGAGAGCCGGGAGGUUGUGCUGUCGAUGGCCAACGUGGACCUGUUCUCGGUGGCUGUGUUCGGGCCCUACAUCUACUGGUCUGACAGGGCCCAUUCCAACGGUUCAAUCCGUCGCAGCUUCAAGGCCGACACCAGUGAGGUCGUGACCAUGAGGAGCGGACUGGGAGUCAAUCUGAAGGAUGUGACGGUCUUCAACAGAGGGCGAGAGAAAGGCACCAACCCCUGCGCCAGGAGCAACGGAGGCUGCCAGCAGCUGUGCUUCCACCUGGGCAGCGGGCGCCGGACCUGCUCCUGUGCCCACGGCCGCCUGGCAGAGGACGGCUUCGCCUGCGAGCGCUACGAGGGCUACCUGCUCUACUCGGAGAGGACCAUACUGAAGAGCAUCCACCUCUCGGACGAGAACGACCUCAACUCGCCGGUUCAGCCUUUGGAGAAUCCCGGGUUCUUCAAGAACGUCAUAGCGCUGGCUUUCGACUACAGCCAGACCAUGGCCGGGACCAACCGCAUCUUUUUCAGUGACGUGCAUUAUGGGAAUAUCCAGGUGAUAAACGACGACUGGACGGGAAGAUCCGUUAUCGCCGAAAACGUGGGGUCGGUGGAGGGCCUGGCCUACCACCGGGCCACCGACACGCUGUACUGGACCAGCUCCACCACCUCCACCAUCAGCAGGCAGACCGUGGACCAGAAGCGAGCCGCUGCCUUCAGCAGGCAGGCUGUGGUCACACUCUCCGAGGAGGAUCAUCCCCAUGUUUUGGCCCUGGAUGAGUGUCAGAGCCUGAUGUUUUGGACCAACUGGAACGAGCAGAGGCCCAGCAUCAUGAGAUCCACCUUAGCGGGCAAGAACAUGAGGAUCAUUAUCGGUUCCGAUAUCCUGACACCCAACGGACUGACCAUCGACCACAAGGCGGAGAAGCUCUACUUCUCUGAUGGAAGCCUGGGCAAGAUAGAGCGAUGCGACUACGACGGUUCCGGCAGAUAUGUCAUAGUCAAAUCAGGCCUGGGGAACUUUUAUGGACUGACCAUCUACGGGGACUUCAUCUACUGGUCAGACUGGGCCCGCAGGUCAGUGAUGCGAUCCAACAAGUUCACAGGCAGCGACACCAAGAUACUUCGAGCAGACAUACCCCAUCAGCCCAUGAGCAUCAUCGCUGUGGCCAGAGACACAAACAACUGUGAGCUGUCUCCGUGCCGACACAUGAACGGAGGCUGCGGUGAUCUCUGCCUCCUCACGCCGUACGGGAGGGUCAACUGCACCUGCCGCGGGGAGCGCGUGCUGCUGGAGGACAACAGAUGCGUGUCAGAAAAUUCCUCCUGCAAUAUCCACACGGAAUUCGAGUGUGGGAACGGAGAGUGCAUCAACUACCAGCUGACCUGUGACGGAAUAGCCCACUGCAAAGAUAAAUCGGACGAGAAGAUGCAUUACUGCGACAACCGAAGCUGCCGGAGGGGCUUCAAGCCGUGCUACAACCAGCGCUGUGUCGCUCACGGCCGCUUCUGCGACGGCGUGGACGACUGCGGGGACAACUCGGACGAAGCCUUCUGCAGCAAUGUCACGUGUGGCUCAUCAGAAUUACCGUGCAAGGAUGGGAGCUGCGUUCCCGGCUCAGCCUGGUGUAACCAGGUCAUUGACUGCGCCGACGCCUCGGAUGAAAAGAACUGCAGCAACAGAGACUGCUCCCACUUCUACAAGCUGGGGGUGAAAGAAAAGGAGUUUGUGAGCUGCAACUCCACCUCACUGUGCGUCCACCCGUCGUGGAUCUGCGACGGCGCCAACGACUGCGGGGACUACGCCGACGAGACGGACUGUCAGGUUUCCCAGGGGCAGAAGUGCGAGGAGGGACACUUCGCGUGCCCGAGCGGGAACUGUAUCUCCAGCGUGUGGCUGUGCGACGGCCAGAAGGACUGCGAGGACGGCGCGGACGAGUUCCAGUGCGAUUCGUCGUGCCUGUGGAACCAGUUCGCCUGCUCCAAAAACAAGUGCAUCGCCAAGCAGUGGCUCUGCGACGGCGAGAACGACUGCGAGGACGGCCUGGACGAGAGCACGCAGAUCUGCGGCUCGGUGACCUGCGCUCCGGGGCUCUUCAGCUGCCCCGGCUCCUACGCCUGCGUUCCGAAACGCUGGCUCUGUGACGGCGAGAGGGACUGCCCCGACGGGAGCGACGAGCUGUCAGCGGCCGGCUGCGCACCCAACAACACAUGCGAUGACAGCUCCUUUCGCUGCCACAACAAAGCGUGUAUCCCCCAGCGAUUCGUCUGUGAUCACGACGACGACUGCGGCGAUGGAUCUGAUGAGUCAGUCGAAUGUGUCUAUCGCUCCUGUGGAUCCGGCGAGUUCCGCUGCAGGGACGGACGCUGUCUCCUCAGCUCCCAGUGGGAGUGCGACGGCUCCGCCGACUGUCCCGACCGCUCCGACGAGCUGCCGCUGAAUCUCAAAUGCCUAGCCGCAGGAAGCUUGUGCAACGGCUCCUUCUUCAUGUGCUCCAACGGCCGCUGCAUCUCCGAGGGGAACCUCUGCGACGGGAAGGACGACUGCGGCGACCAGUCGGACGAGAGGAACUGCAACGUGAACGAGUGCCUGAACCGCAGAGUCAGCGGCUGCACGCAGGACUGCCACGAUCUCCCCGUCGGGUACAAGUGUAAAUGUUGGCCUGGCUUCCACCUGAAGGACGACGGGAAGACCUGUGUGGAUAUCGACGAGUGCUCCACCACCCUUCCUUGCAGCCAGCGCUGCAUCAACACCUACGGUUCGUUCAAGUGCCUGUGCGUCGACGGCUACGAAGCCUUGGAGCGAAAUCCCAACACGUGCAAAGCUCUGUCAGCCGAAGAGCCUUUUCUGAUCAUGGCAGACCACCAUGAGAUACGCAAGCUGAGCGUCGAUGGCUCAAACUACACCAUCUUGAAACAGGGCCUCAACAACAUCAUCCACAUUGACUUCGACUACAAAAAAGAAUUUAUCUACUGGGUGGACUCGACCCGGCCGAGUGGACGAAAGAUCAACAGGAUGCGCCUCAAUGGGAGCGACCUCAAGAUAGUCCACAGAACAGCUGUGCCGAGCACCUUGGCGGUGGACUGGAUAGGAAAAAACCUGUACUGGUGUGAUGCGGAAAAGAAAACGCUGGAGGUGUCCAAAUCCAACGGCCUCUACCCCACCAUCCUGAUCAGCUCCGGCCUCAAGAACCCUACGGAUCUGACGCUUGACCCCCAGACCGGGUACGUGUUCUGGGUAGACUGCUGCGAUCACCCGUACAUCGGCCGCAUCGGCAUGGACGGACGAGGGCAAGCGGUUAUCAUUGACUCCGAGAUCUACACCCCGACGGCCCUCACUAUCGAUUACACUAACAAGAGGCUGUACUGGGCUGACGACAACCACAUCCUGUUUGCCAACAUGGACGGCACCCAAAGGCGCAAAGUGCCCUAUGACCACAUCCAGGGGGUGAUGGCGCUGACGCUGUUCGAAGACUUCGUCUAUUGGACGGAUGGGAAGUCGAAGUCGCUGCGACGCGCCCACAAGACGACGGGGGCGCACGGCAUCGAGCUCCUCAACUCCUGGCAGGCCAUCAAGUCCAUCAAGGUGUACCACUCCCUGCGUCAGCCCGAGGUAAACAAGCACCAGUGUCAGAUCGCGAACGGCGGAUGCAGCCACCUGUGCCUCCUCUCCCCUGGUGGGGAGCACAAAUGCGCCUGCCCCACUAAUUUUUACUUGGCGGCUGACAAUAAGACGUGCCUCUCCAACUGCACCUCCAGUCAGUUUCGCUGUGGGACAGAUGAGUGCAUACCGUUCUGGUGGAAGUGCGACACGGUGGACGACUGUGGCGAUGGAUCAGAUGAACCUGCAGACUGCCCGGAAUUUAAAUGUCAGCCCGGCCGUUUCCAGUGCGGCACUGGCCUUUGUGCACUUCCCCCCUUUAUCUGCGACGGCGAGAACGACUGCGGCGACAACUCGGACGAAGCCAACUGCGAGACGUACAUCUGCCUGUCAGGCCAGUUCAAGUGCACCAGGAGGCAGAAGUGCAUCCCUCUCAACCUUCGCUGCAACGGUCAGGACGACUGUGGAGACGGGGAGGACGAGACAGACUGCCCUGAAAGCACCUGCUCCCCAGAUCAGUUCCAGUGCAAGGCCUCAAUGCACUGCAUCUCCAAGCUCUGGGUGUGUGACGAGGACCCCGACUGUGCCGACGGGUCAGACGAGGCUAAUUGCGAUGAAAAGACCUGCGGACCUCAUGAAUUCCGCUGCGAGAAUAACAACUGCAUCCCCGACCACUGGAGGUGUGACAGCCAGAACGACUGCGGAGACAACUCCGAUGAGGAGAACUGCAAGCCAGUAACCUGCAACCACAAGGACUUUGCCUGCGCUAACGGCGACUGCAUCUCGUCCCGAUUCCGCUGCGAUGGGGACUACGACUGCGUGGACAACUCAGAUGAGAAAGACUGUGAAGCACACUGUGCCGACGACCAGUUCCGAUGUCACAACAACCUCUGCAUCUCCCUGAAAUGGCUGUGUGACGGCCAGGAAGACUGCAAGAUGGGGGAAGACGAGAAGAACUGCCAGGGAACAGUAGUUCCCCCUUGUUCCGUCAACGAGUACGUGUGUGCCAGCGGAGGCUGCGUGUCCGCCAGCCUGCGGUGUGAUGGACACGACAACUGUCUGGACGGCUCAGAUGAGGUCGGCUGCGUGAAGGAGUGCAGAGAGGACGAGUUCCUGUGUCUGAAUCGGGCUCACUGCAUCCCCCGGCGAUGGCGCUGCGAUGACGUCUUGGACUGCAUGGACCACAGCGACGAGGAGAACUGCAGCCAGGGUGCUUUCUUCUGCCGCACCGACGAGUUCAUCUGCAACAACACCCUGUGCAAGCUCCACACGUGGGUGUGCGACGGCAAGGACGACUGCGGCGACAACUCGGACGAGGACGCGGACAUGUGCGCGAAGCUCCCCUGUCCUCCCACCAGACCCUUCCGCUGCAGGAACGAUCACGUCUGCCUGCACUCGGACCAGGUCUGCAAUAAAGUGGACGACUGCGGCGACAACUCGGACGAGGAGGAGUGUGCAGAGGCGGCUGCUGGGAGGCCCCGGCCGUGCGGGAAGACGGAGUUCACCUGCAGCAGCCGGCGCUGCGUCCCGAUCCAGCUGCAGUGCGACCUGUUCAACGACUGCGGCGACGGCGGCCUGGACGAGCAGGACUGCAAGGCCUUUUCCAGUGGAGACGUAUGUGGAAAGAAAACAAAUCCGUGUGGAGAGGACGCAAUUUGCAACCAGACGUAUGCUAAUGCUAUAUGUCAGUGCAAACCUGGCUUCAAGCGGAAUCUGAAGACCAGCCUGUGCGAAGAGAUUAAUGAAUGUCUGCAGUUCGACGCUUGUCCCCAUUACUGCACAAACACCAAAGGAUCUUUCAAGUGCACGUGUGACCGAAAUUAUAAGGAGGUCAACGGUAAUUGCGUAGCGAAAGGUCCGGAGGAGCGAGUGCUUUAUUUGGCCAACGACACCGAAAUCCGAAGCUUCGCGUAUCCGUUCAACCAGAGCCACGGACACAAGCUGCUGACUCACAUCGAAGACAACGCCCGCAUCAUCGGCAUGGACGUCCUGUUCCACCAGCAGAAGUUCAUCUGGGCCACCCAGUUCAACCCUGGCGGCAUUUUUUACAAGGACUCCUUGGAGAGAAGCCAAAGUAAAACCAACUUCAAAAACAUUUGCUCAGACUUCCGGCGCCCCAGAGAUAUCUCCGCCGACUGGAUCACGGGCAACAUUUAUUGGACGGAUCACUCUCGGAUGCACUGGUUCAGCUACUACACAGCCCACUGGACUAAAUUACGAUAUUCCAUAAACGUGGGCCAACUCAAGGGGCCCAACUGCACUCGCCUGAUCACCGACAUAGCGGGAGAGCCGUAUGCCAUUGCCGUCAACCCGGGCAGAGGGAUGAUGUACUGGAGUGUGAUAGGUGAUCACUCCCACAUAGAGGAAUCAGCCAUGGAUGGGUCGUUACGCAGAGUGCUCUUGGAAAAGAAUCUGAGGAGGCCCACAGGGCUGACCAUCGAUUACUUCAACCAGCGCUUAUACUGGGCUGAUCCCGAGCUCUCACACAUAGGGAGCAUGCGAUUAGACGGCUCGGACCCUCUGGUGACGAUCAGCGACAGACACGGAAUCUCCCAACCGUACCGCAUUGAUAUUUUUGAAGACUACAUUUACGGGACUGGAUUAAAGCACGAGGUGUUCAAGAUUCACAAGCACGGCAAGCAGCCGGCGGAGUAUUUCCAUUUAGGGGUGGAGAAGCCCACCAACGUUCUCAUCUCCCACCGAUACAAGCAGCAAGACGCAUCCAACCCGUGCCUGAGGAUGUCAUGUGAUUUCAUGUGUCUGCUCAACCCAGCGGGUGCCAGAUGUACCUGUCCGGAGGGAAAGGUACUCCUUAAUGGCACCUGUAACGAUGUCAACAUCUCAGGUGAGCUGUGUCGUCCCCCGUGCGAGAACGGAGGCCGCUGCUUAGCCAAUGAGAAGGGCGACUGGAGGUGCUACUGCUGGCCGGACUUUUCGGGGGAGCGCUGUGAGGUCAACCACUGCACCGACUACUGCCUCAACGGCGGCACCUGCGUGGGCUCGCCUCUGGGAAAGCCCACGUGCCGGUGUCCCGUCGGCUUCUCGGGCCCUUUCUGCGAGAGGCGGAUCUGCGAUAACUACUGUUUGAACGGGGGCACGUGCGACAUCACCCAGGGGAACCAGCCGGUGUGCCGCUGCAUGGCGGAGUACACGGGCGACCGCUGUCUCUACCACAUUUGUCACCACUACUGUGUGAACUCCAAGGCCUGCACGUUAUCCAGCACCGGCUACGUGGAGUGCGUGUGUCCCGCCAGGUUCGAGGGGAACAAGUGCGAGGUGGACAAGUGUCUGCGGUGCCACGGAGCUCCCUGCCUCAUUAACGAGGAGACGGGCGACGUGGUUUGCAAUUGCACAAAUGGCAGAAUCGCGCCGAGCUGUCAGCUGUGUGACGGAUAUUGCUACAAUGGAGGCACCUGUCACCUGGACCCGGACACCAGCCUGCCUUUUUGUCACUGCACGUCAGGGUUCAAGAACCAGCGUUGUGACGAGCUGGCCAACCCCUGCGAUUACUUCUGUCAGAACGAGGGGAUGUGCACGUUAACAGCUCUUAACAAACCACGCUGCAAAUGUUCAGCCAACUGGGCAGGAACGCAGUGCGAGAGACCCGCCCCCAAAAGCAGCCGAUCGGACAAUACGAGCGGAGGGAGCAUAGCUAUCAUUGUGCCUCUGGUCCUGCUGGUAAUCUUGAUUGUGAUGGUGGUAGCAGGUGUUUAUAUCUGCAGACGGAGGCAAAGGGGGAAACGCGUCCAGAGGCAGCCGAUGACGAACGGCGGCAUAAACGUGGAGAUCGGCAACCCGUCGUACAACAUGUACGAGGUGGACCACGACAACCACGCCGACGCCGGCAGCCUGCUGCGGCCCAACUUCACGCUGGACCCUCACAAGGGCUGGUGUGUUAAAUCCAGCGACCCUCGCACCUUGGGCAUGAACUCUGUGCCCAAGGAGGUCAUCCCUGGACAGCCCAUGAACUACUCCAACCCUGUGUAUGCAAAGAUUUAUAUCGACGGGCAAAACUGCCGGAAGCCGGUCAUCAGUAUCGACGAGAGGAGAGAGCUACUCCCAAAGAAACUAGAGGGGACAAUUCACGAAACCGCCGCAUAGCCUAACUUUACACUUUGUACUUCUUUUUUACCACAGUGUACAAUGUAUAAUAUAAACAGAAGGAGACGUGAUUUUUCUAUUUCCUAUGAGGCUCUUAGGAUUUACCGGUUUAGCAUCAGCAUAACGUCUUUCUUGGUGUGCCGACGAGUUUGGUUUCCCAUUUACUGUUUGCUUUCUAAUGUUUGUCAGACAUGCAACGUACGGCGCUAUACUGCAUAUACUGUAAGACACCCAAGUCAAGCUGCUGAUUUGCAAAAACUUUAUUAACACCAUGAGCCACACUCGUGCACAGUUCCAGUGUUAAAAAGCAGCGCUCCAAUUUGUAUCCAUUCCUGUUUCUAGACCAAGUGGAACAUGGACGUGUAGUUUAGUGGAAGGAAAAUAAAGACGGGAUUGACUCAGUUUUUACAAACAAGUGUAAAGUUUGAUGAAGAAGAGUUGCGUUGGUGGCUUCUAAGGGUUUUUAUGUUCCUUUUGGUUUUCAAGUCAAGUGACUUACGGAUCACACGGCUUCACAACUGAGCAGUGAAGCUUAAUGUUUGGAUUUUUUCCCCCUUUGGAUCUACGUACUGGAUUCCCAGUAAAGGCCAUAGCAUCAUUAAGUUCGUCCACUCUGUGCGAUUCCAUGGAUAUUAUGUCUUCUUUUUUUCCCAACCUCCAUUCACCCUUUUUCUGCCGUCAUAUAUCGUAGGAGCUUAUCUUUUGGCAAAAGAGAUCGAAGCCCACCUUGAAUGUUUUCCGACCCGAUUUCCAGAUCCUGUACUGUACAUGAAGAGACAGAUACUGAAUACCAUAUUUUUCUAGGUCCCGCGUCGACAGAUGGAAUAUUACACGUAGACAAGGAAGAGAUCUACCACAGCUACAAGGAAGGUUAUUAAGAGUUAUUAUAAAGCGCAUCUGUUACGUCAGAAGAGGAAGAAGAUAAAUAUAAGAAAUUUUAUAAUUUUGUAUUUGAUUUGUAUGUUGUUUGGCUGCUUGUAUUUUGAAGAAAUGUAUUAAAUGUAAGUAAUUUUUAUAUAAAAUGUAAAUCGAUAUUGAAUAAAGGGGGCUUAUUUCCA